AUGACGCUAAACAUGGUAGACGCCAAGGCUCAUCUAAAAGAGCAUGGCUGGGUCAAGAUCCCUGCGGUCCUCUCCAAAGAGGAAGCUAAAGAUGCACUCGAUCGUCUCUGGCAGGCGAAAGCUGCCUCUGAGGCUCGUGGCGAGGACACUUUUCAGCCUAUCUUGGAUCCCAACCCUGCGAACGUGCGCGUCUUUUAUCUCCCCGAGUUGGACGCAUACUGGCGAGACAUGCUCAUCAACCCGACCGGCCUAGACUUGGCCAAGUCCUUGCUAGGCGAACAGCUGCUGGUCAGCAACUUCUCUGCCAACAUUGCUCGUCCUGGCGCGGAGAGCAUGGCUCUGCACUCGGACCAGAGCAUCGUCCUUCCAGCGCCGUGGUUGGAUAUCUGGGCAGUCAACGUGAUUUGGUGCCUGACGAGGAUGACCAAGGAGAACGGUGCAACCUUGUAUAUCCAAGGCUCAAACAAGUGGAUCACCUGGGAGGAUGUGCCCGAUAACGCACCGGAUCUGCUGGUCCCAUUUGAAGCUGAUGCAGGCGACAUUGUUGUCAUUGAUGGGCGCCUAUGGCACACCUCCGGUUCCAACGUUACCAAGGACGAGGAUCGAGCCAUUCUCUUUGCCUAUUACUCUGCGCCUCACAUGCGGCCCCUGACAAACUGGUCAGCCAAGCUGCCAAAGGAGCUUCAAGAGACGCUUAGCCCGCAGAUGAAGGAACUGCUCGCACUGAGCCAUAUUGGGUAUGUUGUGAAGGGCGAUCUGACUUAUAUGGCUCAAAAGUACCCUUCGAAAAAGGAUACAACGGCAGUUAGUGCUUGA